CUUAUUGAUACAUUGAUGGCUCUGGAUCGCGUUGGCACGUGGAAGGGCCUUCUGUGCUAUUAGACGGUAUUUUUUUUGGAAAUCCAUGUCUCCAACUCACUUCUCAGACGCAUGCUUCUAAAACUCUAUAUUGGCCAGCUUUCGUCGGACCAAGUAGGCACUGGCGGAUCUGGUCUGCUCUGCUCUGCUCUUUUUUUUUUUCCCGUUUUUUCUUUCUUUCUUUCUUUCUUUCUUUCUUCUUCGUUCCCUUUUUUUUUUCUUCUCUUCAUUUCUUUUUUUUUUCUUUUCUUCAUUUGUUUUUUUAUUUUUAUUUUUAUUUUUUUUUUACCUUUUCCCUGUGUGUUUUCAAUUGCUUGCUGGUAGUUGUUGUUGUUCUUUGACAGACAAGGACCUUGGCUAAUCGAGUUGGUUCUUUCUCUCCCUUGUCACACAAGAUGUACAACCUUGCAUGGUAUGAUUAGAUGGCUGAAUCGAUAAUUAAGUUCAAUCGCA